AUGGAGAUCGCGAAAUGGGUGAACCGGCGACUCGAGGGCAACUUUGCCCGUCUCAACAGUCUGCACCAGAGGUACGGUCUACCCCCGACCGAACUGUUGUCCAUCUGGCCGGCCAAUGAGAUGCGACCAUUCUCGCCGAAUCUGUCCCGCCAGACGGCCAGCCCAUUGUAUGCCUCCCUCAGGCCCUAUUCACCGGCCUUCAGCCAUGCCUCGUUUCGCGCCACGAGUCCUUUGUCCGGUCGAGCAACGCCGAGUUCGCUGAGCGGCACCGGCCCCACGAUGCACUUGCUGCCGCCGGGAAUCGUCUUGAUCAACCCAUUCACCGACGCUCGACUCGCCGAUUCACUACUCCUCUUCGAUCUGCUCGAGACAAUACGUCCCGGACUGAUCGACUUUAGCGUUGUCGCGUUUGACAACACUACAAAGGCAAGUGAUCCUGUUGCCUGGGCAGCAAAACUGUGGUGUUGCGCUUGA